AUGAGAUUAUUAUUAUUAUUAAUUUUAAUAAUAACAAUUAAUUUUAGUUAUGGUGUAUUAACACCUAAAAAUUUAGCAGGUGAAGCAAGUGAAUUUGGUUCAUUUAAUAUUCCAAAUCCAAUGGAUGUAGCACAAAGUAGUGAUAGUUCAUUAUUUGGUAUUUCAAUGACACAAAGCCAAUUGAAAAAUUCAUUUGAAUGGUCAGGAGUUGUACCAGUUGAUUCAGAAGAAGAAUUUACAUUAACAUUCUUUUCAAGUUUUCCAUUAAGUGAAUUUAAAGUUGAAGCAUCACCAAAAACUUCAUUAUCAUCUUCCAAAUCAGAAUCAGAACAUAAAUCAAAAUUCUAUAAGGUGAUUAAAUCAAUAUAUCAAACACCAACCGUUACCAAUGGUUCAUUUGGUAUUGAUGGUGCAACAACUCCAUCAUUUAGUUUAACAUGGGAUAAACCAGUUGUUGGAGAUUGGAAUGUUGUAAUCACAGCCUCAUCAUCAUUAAGAAAGAAUGAAAAAUUCCAAAAGAUGGUAGAAGAUUCAACACCUCAAUUGUUAAUGUUGGUUCAAAAUCCAAGUGAUACUCAUAUCUACUCUUAUGUAUCAUCAUACAAUAAUUUAUUCACAGGUCAAAAAGUAUCAGUUUUAGCAAUGCUCCACAAGAAGUCAGAAUUCAUUAAAAAGUCUUCUGCCAAUCGUCCACUCAAUUGGAAACCAUCACCAAUUUUAUUAUCAGAUGUUUCAGCAGAGAUGAUUUUAGGUUUACCAGAUGGUUCAAAAGAAACUAUCCCAAUGUUUGAUGAUGGUCUUCAUGAUGAUGAACAAGCAAAUGAUGGUCUUUUCGGUGGUUACAUCAAUGUAAGUGAAUUGGGUAAUUAUGACCUUCAAGUAGUUUACAAAGGUUCUCAAAAUGGUAAUGGUGUAAUUCGUUCAAAUCAACAUCUCAUUCCAAUAACUUCUCAAUAUUUAGAAUUAACUGGUGAAGUUCAAUCAGUUCAAGAUGGUGAUGCAAAUUUAAAUAUCUAUUUCAUUGUCAAUAGUCCAAACCAAACCACUGUUGAUCAAACACCAGUACAUGUUUAUUCAGAAGUUUAUGGUACUGAUGAUGAUGGUAAAAAAGUUGCAAUUGCUUGGGUUGCCGGUGUUACAUCAGCUCAACCAAUUCAAGGUUCAACCACUACUUUUGCACUCUCUGCAGUUCUUAAUGAACGUUGGAUCGCCAAAGUUGGUGCAACCGCUCCAUUCUUUGUAAAGAAUGUUCAAGUCUCUGAUUUGGAUACUUUUAUUCCACUUUCAAAUACAACAUCAACAUCAAAUGUUAAAAUGGUUGGUGAAUAUAAAGAUGUUCGUACAAUUGUUCAUUCUCCACCACUUCAUGAAAUCACCAAAGAAAUGAGAGAUGGUAAAAUGCCAAAAGAAUUGGCUGAUCGUAUUGGUAAAUCAACUGGUAAUGGUAAAUUAAUUCUUACACAUGGUUAUUGUAGUGAAGGUGUUUGGCCAAUUGAGGAUUUUGAAAAUUCUGUAGAGUUCCAAGAUUUUAAUCAAAAUCGUGGUAAUGAUGAAUUUGCUCAAAUACUUGCCAAUUUCGGUAGCCAAUAUACCGAUGGUUUUUCACUUGUUGCUCAUAGUCAAGGUGGUAACGCUGCUCUUCACCUCGUAACAUUCUAUUUCAGUGGACUUGAUCUUUCUCAAAAACUUGAAGGUCGUGUCAUUCAAUCAAUGGGUACUCCAUACCAAGGUACUGCUCUCGCUGGUACUUGGGCUUCUAUUGGUAGUGCUGUAGGUGUUGGUUGUUCUGCAAAUGAUGAUCUCACUGUUGAUGGUGCCGCUUUAUGGUUAAAAUCAAUUCCAGCAGAUAAAAGAGCUUUAGUUUAUUAUACAACUACUCAAUAUAGUACUGGUUCUUUAAUUAAUUAUUGUAAUUUGGCUUCCAAUGCAGUCUUAGAAUGGCCAAAUGAUGGUGUUGUUGAUAAUGAGCAUACUCCACUCGAAGGUGGUGUAUAUUUAAAUAACUUUAAAGACUGGUGUCACUCUGAUGGUAUGCACUCACCACAACAAACUACAAAUACUGAAUAUAACAAAGAAAUGAGUUCCAACUCUGUUUGGUAA